CAAAUUUAAUACGUCUGGGGACAUAGAUACUGGAUAUAAUGAUUGGGGGAACCGUGGACGCUGUCACCAAGGAAACGGGGAUCUUAUAUAUAUUCCAGGGUUGAGGAAAUCUGGACCAUUCCGAUAUCGGUCAUAACAAACCGCAUUUGGGCAAGAAUAAGAUCCAGUAAAAAUGAUUGGGAGUCUGGUACUUGUAGCUUCUCUGAUUGGCUUAAGCCAGUGCGCGACAUUUGUUAUUGAACCCUAUAACACCUCUGCCCCUAUCGGAGGGACCGGGACCCUCGCCUGUAUCGCGACUAACCUUGGAUCAGACAGCGUGUCCUGGAAGAGGAAGCAAUCUUCCGGAAGUGGUUACGAUUCUCUGACUUUCGGAACCAACAUUGUGACAUCCAUUCAGAAUAAAUACGCAGUAUCCGGUACAGCUAACCUGACAAUUCAGAACGUGGCGGCUUCAGACGAGGGGCUUUAUCAAUGUGCUAUCGGCUCCACAGUACGUGAAAUCUCCUUCACACCAGUCAUUUUACCAACCAAUGUUUCUGUGUACUGGGAAAACUCACCAUAUGCUGGAAAUAGAGUCAACAUCACCUGCCUUGCCACCUACGGAAAUCCGCCACCCUAUCUCAAGUGGUUCAAGGGAGUGAACCAGAUGGAACUGACCCAGAAUGCAUACUACUAUACAAACAACGUCAGAUCCAGCGGAUACGGAGAUGCGGUGAGCACAAUGGCGCUGAUUCUAAACAGUAAUGACCAGAACCAGGAAAUCCGGUGCGAAGCUGCGUAUGACGGGUACGAGAGAGCCAUGGAGUACACCCUCAACAUCCAACUCAGCGGUGGACCAUCACUGAAGGCCCAGGGACUCCUAGCUGCCCUGUUUGUUGCCUGCAGUCUGGCUUUCAAGAGUUUAUAAUGGACUGCAGAAUCUGAUUUAACUCUGUCAUGUCUGUGAAUAUUUACGAACAGAAUCUCUUGAAACAAUUUUGCUCGAUCUCUUAGACAGCUUUUUUCGUGUUUUGGUUUCUUCUCCAUGGAUUUCCGAUGUGGGUCUUAUAUAGAAUAGGUGCAACAAGAUUGCAUGUCAGAAUUGUGUUAUCAUCUCAAAAAUCACGAAGAUCAGAAAUGAGACAAAUAAGUUGCUCUUUGCUUAGUACUGCUUUAUAGGCGCCGAAGCACAGAGUCCGAAGAACAAGUAAAGAAGAAUAUUAACAUUUUGAAUGUUUUGUUUUUCAUGUGUGUUCUAGUCAGUUUACUUUGGAGCCCCUUUGUCAUGCGAGGUACCCUGCUCAACCUGG